AUGGCCCUGAAGCAGAGAAACAAACAGCUAUUGACAGAACUGGCUUCACAAAUGGAAGAUGUUAAAGGUAGUUUUGAAAAGAUGCUGUUUGCUUCAGUAGCCAUGGACUGUGAAAAGGAGUUACGUUUACAGAUGAUGGCAGAAGCCCUCCAAGUUUAUCAGUCUUUGGAAUGCAAUAAUAUUUUCUUUCUACCAAGAACAUUUCUGUUUCUGAUUGUCCUGGGGUGCUUGAUCCUGGCUGUCCUGACUACAUUCAAGGAGUACGAGACAGUCUCGGGAGACUGGCUUCUGUUACUGGAAACAUUUGCUAUUUUCAUCUUUGGAGCUGAGUUUGCUUUGAGGAUCUGGGCUGCCGGGUGUUGCUGCCGAUACAAAGGCUGGCGGGGACGACUGAAGUUUGCCAGGAAGCCCCUGUGCAUGUUGGACAUCUUUGUGCUGAUUGCCUCUGUGCCAGUGGUUGCCGUGGGAAACCAGGGCAAUGUCCUGGCCACCUCCCUGCGAAGCCUGCGCUUCUUGCAGAUCCUACGCAUGCUGCGGAUGGACCGGAGGGGUGGCACCUGGAAGCUCUUGGGCUCAGCCAUCUGCGCCCAUAGCAAAGAACUCAUCACCGCCUGGUACAUUGGUUUCCUGACGCUUAUCCUUUCUUCAUUUCUUGUCUACCUGGUUGAGAAAGACGUGCCAGAGGUGGAUGCACAAGGAGAGGAGAUGAAAGAGGAAUUUGAGACCUAUGCAGAUGCCCUUUGGUGGGGCCUGAUCACAUUGGCCACCAUUGGCUAUGGAGAUAAGACACCCAAAACGUGGGAAGGCCGUCUGAUUGCUGCCACUUUUUCCUUAAUUGGUGUCUCAUUUUUUGCCCUUCCAGCGGGCAUCCUGGGGUCAGGGCUGGCACUCAAGGUGCAGGAACAACACCGUCAGAAGCACUUCGAGAAAAGGAGGAAGCCAGCUGCUGAGCUCAUUCAGGCUGCCUGGAGGUAUUAUGCUACCAACCCCAACAGGAUUGAUCUCGUGGCGACAUGGAGGUUUUAUGAAUCAAUCGUCUCUUUUCCAUUCUUUAGGAAAGAACAGCUAGAGGCAGCAGCCAGCCAAAAGCUGGGUCUCUUGGAUCGGGUUCGCCUUUCUAAUCCUCGUGGUAGCAAUACUAAAGGAAAGCUAUUUACCCCUCUGAAUGUAGAUGCCAUAGAAGAAAGUCCUUCUAAAGAGCCAAAGCCUGUUGGCUUAAACAAUAAAGAGCGUUUCCGCACCGCCUUCCGCAUGAAAGCCUACGCUUUCUGGCAGAGUUCUGAAGACGCUGGGACAGGUGACCCCAUGGCAGAAGACAGGGGGUACGGAAAUGACUUCCUCAUGGAAGAGAUGAUCCCCACCCUGAAGGCCGCCAUCCGAGCAGUUAGAAUUCUGCAAUUCCGUCUCUAUAAAAAAAAAUUCAAGGAGACAUUGAGGCCUUACGACGUAAAGGAUGUGAUUGAGCAGUAUUCUGCAGGACAUCUGGACAUGCUUUCCAGGAUAAAGUACCUUCAGACAAGAAUAGAUAUGAUUUUCACCCCGGGGCCUCCAUCCACUCCGAAACAUAAGAAGUCUCAGAAAGGGACAGCAUUCACCUACCCUUCCCAGCAGUCUCCCAGGAAUGAACCAUAUGUAGCCAGAGCAUCCACAUCAGAAACCGAAGACCAAAGCAUGAUGGGGAAGUUUGUAAAAGUUGAAAGACAGGUCCAUGACAUGGGGAAGAAGUUGGACUUCCUUGUGGACAUGCACAUGCAACACAUGGAGCGGCUGCAGGUGCACGUCGCGGAGUACUGCCCCACCAAGGGGACCUCUUCACCAGCUGAGGAGGAGAAGCAAGAAGACAACAGGUAUUCCGAUCUGAAAACCAUCAUCUGCAACUACUCCGAGACAGGCCCCCCUGAUCCUCCCUACAGCUUCCACCAGGUGCCCAUGGACAAAGUUGGCCCCUAUGGGUAUUUUGCACAUGACCCAGGGAACCUGCCCCGAGGGGAGCCCACUUCUGGAAAGGUGCAGACGAGUGUUCCAUCCUCCGUGACGACAUAUGCAGAAAGGCCCACAGUCCUGCCUAUCUUGACUCUUCUGGACUCCCGAGUGAGCUACCACUCCCAGGCUGAACUGCACGGCCCCUACUCGGACCGAAUCUCCCCCCGGCAGAGACGCAGCAUCACACGAGAUAGCGACACACCUCUGUCCCUGAUGUCAGUCAACCAUGAGGAGCUGGAGCGGUCUCCAAGUGGCUUCAGCAUCUCCCAGGACAAAGAUGAUUACAUGUUUGACCCCGGUGGGGGCUCAAGCUGGAUGAGGGAGAAGCGGUACCUUGCUGAGGGUGAAACAGACACAGACACAGACCCCUUCACACCCAGUGGCUCCAUGCCUCUAUCAUCCACAGGAGAUGGGAUUUCUGACUCGAUAUGGACCCCUUCCAACAAGCCCGUUUAAAAGGGGUCACUGGCUGACUCCUUGUAAUGUAGACAGACUUUGUACAGCUCAAUUACUCUCACACCCACCGCUGACUAGCGGAGACACCAAUGGCUGCAACAAAUGCAUGUAUGUGCGUGGGGGCCCCACUGAGCGGGGGCUCUCAUGGCCUUCUUCGUCUCCAUGAUGCCACAGUGAAGCCGCUUCCUUUUCAGCAUGGUUUGCAUGACUUUACACUAUAUAAAUGGUACCGCUAAUCUCUUCUAGGAUACACACUGAUCUGCAGUUCUUACUUUUAAUCAUGAUUGGACCAGUACAGGGAGAAAUUGUUGACGAGCCGUGCUAUUUGUCUAUUUGGUUAGUUGGUUUGGGUUUGGGUUUGGGUUUGGUAAGCAGAGAAAAUAGUUUAAGUUAUUACCUAGAUCACUGCCCCUUUGUGUAAAACACUCCAGUGAUUAACUGUUUUCUAAAACAAAGAAAUAAUUUUCUCAACACAAAGUAUUACGUGUAAAUGAGGCUGCCUACUGAGCUAACAUGAGGAAAGGAAUAAGAUAGUCAUUGCAUCUCCAAAACUAAGAAUUACAAAAACAUUUUAUUAGGAAAAAGCAUUUAAAAUUUCUCCAAAGGACCUCAUUUAGUCUAUCAUUGUUUAUAAUGUGCCUCGGUUUCCUCACCUGCAAAAGGUGAUAGUAAUCCCAUGUAUAGCAUACCAUGAGUUAUGAAUUGUCAGGGAGAAAACUCACAUGCAUACACAGACAAGUUAAAACAGUCCCCAGUUUAUGUAGCCAAAGAUAAAAAAAUGUUCACAAGUGGAUGAAAUUUGUCAGAAACGGAUGCCGGUCUGAACCGAAACUAAGUUCAGUGUCAUCAAAACAAGGUUCCAACUCACAUUCCUUCCCAUGAUACUUAAGGGAAAAAUAUCCAUUUAAAAUAGAAGUCAGAAUCAAGAGAGCAUGAAGACAUUACCUGGUCCAAGUCUUUCUUUUUUAAACUGAGAGACCUUAGGCUCAGAUAAAGUUACACACCCAGAGUCACUCAGUUGUCCUGUGAGGAGAGAGGGCAUGGCCCAGUCAGCUUACUCUCUCCUCUCCUCUACACCCCCCUCCACUCUGCUAUUACACAAUGAAACCCAGAAAUUGUGCCAAAAUAUCAGUUCUUUGUGUUGUGUGGAAACACUCACUGAAAGCUUUUCUAGCAGGAGGGGAAUGUCUGCUUUUAUUGCAAAGCAUGCCUAUUUGAUGCAUUGCAUUUUGGGUCCAGAAAAAAAAUAAUACAAGAACGUUAUGACGUCUAUUGAUAUACAAAUAGGCAAAGUUUCCAGGACCAUCCAAUUUUACUCCUCCAUUUUUUUUAAUGAAAAUACCCAAACCACACGUAGCCAUAAGAUUAGCUAAAGUGUAAGUAGACACCCUAGAGAGCACUGCCCUACUUCAUAAGUAUUAAUACUAAGCACAAGUCACCCUGUGGCCUCUUUUAAUAUGUUGCUACUCUCUAAAAUCUUUGAUGAGAAAAGUUUCUAUUAGGCUUGAGCUGAAUUAGCUAAACAGCUACACCACAGCAUUAUUGUCUCACUCGUCUCACCCAGCGAAGCACUGAUUGUGGAUGGUUGUCAUAGUGACCAUCGAGAUGACCUUAGUGGCCAAAACAAUAUCCACAUGCAACUGCCAUUGAUAUUCUCCUUCAUAGACUUAUCAAGAACUGUAGUUCCUACAGCAGACAUCUGGUUGAUGGUUUCCUCAUUACCUAAUCUAGGGUUUUGCACUAUGUUGGAAUGAUUGGCUCCUUUAAACCCCCAGGUCAACAGGUACUAUGCAAAAGGCUCAGAGCACAGUAAGAAUAAAGGCUGUCCUUGACUUUAGGAAUUUAACACCAAAGCAUGAAGUCCCUGGCCAAAGGUGGGCAUCGUGGGUAGGGAGGUUUAGUGAAGGGUCUUACAAAUGGAUAGAUGGGAAAUAUAAAAGAAUGACCACACAGCUCAGACAUGAACACCCUUCCUUAUGGUUUUCCAUCUGACGUUCUAGCAAUCUGAAAGGCAAAAGAAAUGGAUCAUGUGGUCCUCUUCUUCACAUCCUUCAAUUUGGCUGCAAGUGCCAUUGAGGGCUGUAAACCUAAGAAAACUAUGCCCCUUCCCAAGAGUUUGGUUCUUGAUUCUGAUCUUCCCAAAAUGUUUUACCAGAGAUAAUUGUGCCACCUACCAUCUAAUGAGUCACCAUGUGCUUCUCUAUGUAUACAAGGAACUGAAAAUCAAUCAAACAAAGAAAAGAUGGGGAAUGAAUCAAACUUCCACGUAUGCAGCAAUUAUUUUUCUUAAUUAUUAAUAUUCUUUUAGAACCUUCUAGCUUCAGUAUCUUACCAAUAGAUGCAUUUUCCGGGAUCUCAAUAGAAUUCUCUGUCAGAAGAGUGAGACCUUCUCGUUUCCAAAUUGCAAAUAUUUACCAUGGAUGCAAAGUUAAGCAAUUACUUUAGAUUAUUUUAGUAACCUAGAAAGGAUUGGAGCUCAUAUUAUUUUGCAAACAGUAGGCAGACAUUCUGGAUGGAUAAGGUCAGGACAGUAGGGACUGGGUUUGUGUCAAUUAUCACUAUGUGUCCAGCAUCUAGUAAGUUAUUUUUGUCAAUGUGAACACAGAUAAAACACAUAUUUCAUGAAUGAAUAAAUUAUAAGAGUCAUAGAAGCUUUUUUCCCAUCUAAGAAAGCAAAAAGGAAAAAGAAAACUAAUCUUCUGAAAUAAUUCUACCUUGAUAUCACCCACUCUAGGAAAGGUAUAUUUAGAAAGUAAACCAAACCUGCUCAAAUUGCCCCUAGACAACAUUACCACCAUAGCUGGCAAUGACAUAGCAGAAAUUCAAGGUCUAGGAUUGAACAUAACUUAUGGGGGAAAUAGUGUGUGCUUCUGCAAAGAUUCUCCUGUCAGACAAAGGAAGAAUCUAAUGGAAUCAUCCAGUGAAAUUGUUUAAUUACAGGACCCAGGUUUACAUUAUGUCUGUUAUUUCAGUGAUUCUAAAAUAUACCCAGGAAAUCACAGGAGCUUUGGCAGAACCCUAUGAGCCAGUGGUAAAUUAAUUCUUUCUUUAAAACUAGGAACAAUGUUCUCAGGUAAAACUGUUAUCCUAUUGUAUGUAUUUGGUCUCUGUGUGUCACAAGAUGAUGUGAAAAUUUUAAGAGUUCAUGUUUUAAUAGUUUUAAAAUGAAUGAAAGGAAUCAACUUUAGAAAUGUUAGGUGAAAGGUGAUCCUACUGGACUAAGAAAAAAGUGCUAGAGAUCAAGGGUGGGUUUUGACUAUCAAUUACUGGCACACAAGCAAACACCAAAAGUUUAAGUAAAAGAGAAAUUUGGGGAGGAAAAGAAAAAAAAAUCAAAUUGAGAAAGUUCUAUUUAAUAAUUAUUUGUUCUUGGAUUGAAAAUUUAGACUUAUUAGGCAUGACACUGAUAAUAAAAAAUCUUAGUUUUUAUAAAAACUUAACUAGAAAUCCUCAAGAUAUGUAGGUCAAAAUACACUAAUUAACCAAUAAUUAUGCAUUUUAGGCUUAUUUUGUGCAAGACCAUUCCUAAACAUUGUAAGUUCAGAGAAUAAUUACCUGUUGAAAAACCUAAUGCAACAGGAUCUACUCAUAAUUUGCCAAAACAUCCUCAUAAUCUAAUGCUACUCUAAUGGGAAUAUAAUAAAGAAAAAGGCAUUUGUUUAUUCAUUUGACAAGAUGUAGUAAGCACCACUAUGUACCGGGAACUAUGCACUGCAUUGGAAAUCAAGUGAAAAAAAAAAAAAUCCACAGCUUCUGCCUUUAAAAGGCCGGGAAUUUGGUGGCCUCGAAUAGCAGUGGCCCCUUCAAAUUAUGUGUACCAGGAAGGGAAAAUAUCUGAUUUCAGCCCUGUGGAAAACAGAAGGGCUUCUUAGCUUGAAAAAGUGGGGGGCUGAACAUGGGAUAAAGUAAAAGGAAAAAUUCAAAAUGUCCAAGAUUCCAUCAGCUCAGGGAGGAUUGAGUGGGCCAAAUGGGGACUGAAUUGGGGUCCAAUGCUUUAGACUUUGUAGCUCUAGAUAAGCUGUGAAAGAAGAAGGUUCUGGGAAAUCUGAAGAAAGUUCUUAGAGAAACAAGCUUUUUACUCUUCUCUAAAUCCCUGCCAAGAAUGAGGCCAAGCAAGGAGCUGAGCUACUUCCAUCUUACUAUGUGAGCCAGAACAACCUUGAAGUAGAGACCACAGCAUCUAUAUACAGAGGAAGAUGUCGCUCUGCCUGUGAGAACCUGCAGAUCAAAUUCUCCUGGGGCAAGAAAAGAAAUUUUUUCAGUGCUCAAGUCAACUGCUUAAGAGGCCUGCAAUGCUACCAAACACUCCCCAGGAUUCUCUCUGCUCUUAGCAUCCCCAGUAGAGUCACAUAGCUGGUCUUUGGUCUUCAUGAAUAUGCUUCCAAGGUACCUAGGGCUACAAAGGUUUUCUUUGCUUUCUGAACUCCAGGCAUCCUUAAAAACUUGCCCAUGUUUUUUCUUGUCCUUGAAGACUUGCUAAUUUCAGGGUGAACUUCUUAAAAGGCUGUGACCUUUGUAUCCAGAUCAACCAAUGUCUUUGUGUUACCGAUACUAAACCAUUCAGAAUUGACUUAGUUGCUCUGAAACAAGGGAGGAGGUAGCCAGCCCUUUAUUGAUGCCCAGGUAAAAACAUAUUUGGACCCAAGAUGUCUGUAUAGCUUUAGUGAUUUGUAGAGAACAGUAAUGGAAGGGAAUAGCAGAUGGUGUGAUGGUUACAUUGUUGGAUUCCCAAGUAAUCGAC